AGGAAAACUACUACAUAGUCCACAGAUUAUACCACACAAGUCGAUAUUUUGACUACUCUCACAUAUUAACAUGACACAACCGACUGUUGUCCUCGUCCCAGGCGCCUGGCUCACACACGCCUUCUACGCCCCGUUCCUCUCCCUGCUGGAACGACAAGGCUUCCCCGUCCAUUAUGCCGAAUACCCCUCUCUCGACGCCGCGGACCCGUCAUCUGCAUCCUGCCAGGUCGACUCGGACGCCAUCCUCGCCCACACCGUGCGCCCGCUGAUCCAAGACCAAGGUCGUGACGUGCUGGUGCUGAUGCACUCGUACGGCGCCAUGUGCGGGUCUGCAGCGGUCGCCUCCUUCUCCAAGACCGAUCGUGCUCGCCGGGGCCAGAAUGGCGGUGUCCUCGCUCUGAUCUGUCUGGGGGCAUUUCUCGUCCCAGAGGGUCUCAGCUGUGCAGGGUUUAUGGGGGGAAGCUUACCUCCUUGGAUUCUUCUGGAGGAAGCAUCUCAACUGAAUACAGUCGAAGAUAUGACCGUCUUAUCUGCAGACGUGCAGAACCUGGAAAACAUACGCACCCAGCUCAAACCCCACGCAACCCUUGCGUUCAACUCGCCACAGCCCACCCCUGCGUUUGCCGAGGAAGCGUUCCGCGACCGUCUGGCCGUUAUUCUACUCGACGGCGAUCGCGCAGUGCCUCUUUUUGCACAGGAGGGGAUGGUUCGAGGCACAGGCAAGACCUGGAUUGUGAAACGGAUGGAGGGGAGCAGCCAUCUUGCGCCAUUUGCAGAGAGGAUGGACGAGUGUGUUUGUUUGAUAGAGGAAAUCCGCAAACUUCUAGACUAGAUAUCUAGAGAUAUUUCAAACUAGAUGGGAAAGUAUAUUCUGAAUGUCUAGCAUUCAUUCACCAGCUUCGUGGACUGCUUCUCCCCAAAUACGCAAAGACAAUACCUCGCUCUGUUUCCAGCAGGGUGCAACAUGGCCAGCAGGUCUGUUCAUCCCCUCUCCUGGUGAUACAGAGACUUGCAAGGUGUGGGUGUUUGAGAGAGAGGCAGAUCACGCUGUGAGGAUCGGGGGCAAACGAGCGGAGCUGGAAGAGGGUGUACCAUUUUCUGCUUAGAUGGUAGAGGAAACGCAGAGCUGAUAGCGUCUACAACUUUAUAUAACAAGAAUGGUUUGGAAUACUGUCAUAUAGCUCAUCUACCUGACUCCAUGGAACAUACAGG